AUGUGUCCAUCGCUCAUGGACGAUUACAUUAGUGGCGGGAAUCCUGCAGAAAUGGUCCUCCGCGGAAAAAACAUCGGCUCCAAGAGUAUCGAAGAGGAUGGGCCUCAAAAACCACUGCUGAAGAGGCUUUGCGACGACUUGAGGAGCAUGCUUGCCGUCAAGCACUCCAACGACAGCAUCCUCAUCCCUUCUACGCAAACCGCACGGAUCUCGCAAUCAGAGGUCGACAGAUAUCCUCUCGACUUGGCACUUGCAACGAUCCAAGCACGGGAUUCGCAUCGCCUCGGUGCGGCGCAGCAGGAGGGCAAACAAGAGUGGCAUACCUGGAGAUUCAGACAUGCCUCUGGUCUAAUACUGAACRCCAAAGGCCAUCUCUCUGAGAGCGACACCUUGGCGCUGGUGCAGUGUUUCAGCAAAAUGUUCUUCCUGCCCAGGAUGCGCUCUGUGCAGUGCGAGUACAAGUGGAUAGACGGACUUGCAAAGAAGAASAACAAGAACGCAUAUGGACUGACUGAUCACCUCCCACAGCCAGAUGGCGAAUACUCAUCUCGAGAGUUCCAAGUCCGGCUGGAUCCAGGAGAUUUUCGAAAGGAUUUGGAACUCGGCACGCAGGUGGAGGUCUCUUGCUCGAUACUGCUGCACGAAAUGAUUCAUGUGUAUAUUCUCGCCUGUUCAUGCGAUGGUAUCCACACCAGAAGCAACGAAUGUACCAGAAAUGGAAGAAUCCUAUGGCCUACUGGAUCCGGGCAUUGCGUUGCGUGGUUUCAUCUAGCAUGCCACAUUGAGCUCUGCAUGUCGCGGAUCUGUCCGGGUUUUCAAGUUAAUCUGACGGUCCUUCCUGGACUUCUUCAGGAGCUGCAGGCAGGUGGCUUGCCACUUGUUGCAGCGGAAUGGGCAAGAUUCUUCGAUUCGUAUAGCUGGGUAGAGGCGUGCGGCUUGUUUGAUCGGCUUCAUCCGAAAGAGCGGGACAUUCUUCGUACUCACUUGGCUCACGACCCUUUCGUGAUGGCGGUCUUUGCCAAUCAAGCUUGA